AUGCAUUAUCUUCGUACUAGUCUCUCAGGGGAGCCAGCUCAACGCAUCGCGAAUCUUACGAUCUCGGAUGAGUCAUUCUCGAUUGCAUGGGAACUGCUCUUGUCUCGCUACGAGAAUAAGCGACUGCUCAUUUCAGCUCAUUUGGAACAACUCCUCAGUCCCCCAACCAUGACUUCUCACAGUGCCAAAGAGCUCAAUGUCCUGCUCACUGUCACCUCUGAGGUACUUAACGCUCUGGAGGCUCUCGGCUCCCCAACCUCCCAGUGGGACCAGGUGAUCGUACAUACGGUCUCGCAACGGCUCAGCUCAAAGCUUCGUGAAGCCUGGGAGGUCAAGGUCGGUUCAUCGGCGGAGUAUCCUUCAUACAAGGACUUCAAGGAUUUCCUCACUGGGAGAGCUCGCGCGAUGGAGAGCAUCGAGAUUAACUCGGUUCCUCGUGCUCCUGCCACAAAGCCCUCCAAUGUCAGCUCAUCCAAGCAGUCGACCGCUGCGAAGGUUCACCACGGCACCGCUCAACCACCACAAAAAUCGAGGCCAGCUCUCAAGUCCGCUCCAUCGGGGAAGGUCACGUACCCGUGCUCGAUGUGUGAGGCAGACCAUUACCUCACAUCCUGCUCAUCCUUCCGUCAACUUUCGGUAUCAGCUCGUAGGGAGGUAGUAGAGCGUCGCUACCUCUGCUACAAUUGCCUUGGUCGGCACUCGGUGAGGGACUGCAGGUCCAAGACCAAGUGCCAGUAUUGCGGGGGCCUCCACCACUCGAUGCUCCGCAACCAGCCAUCGAGUCAGCCUCAAAAGGCCGUUCCGGUGGUGACCUACACCCACGGAAACGACAUCCCCAAGGUGGUCACCAUUCAGAUUCCGGAUCCGCUCAAGACUUCCGCCCUGGGGUCCUUCUGGCUACCAGCCUUGCGCUUUUGGUACGCCCAGAUCGGCCAGCUCAUCAGGUUCGUCUACUCAUCGAUCCAGGGUCGGAAAUCUCUGUCAUCUCAGACCAGCUCGUUCCUAAGAGUUUCUGCCUAUGCUCUCGGCCAGCUCACAACCUCAUUACCGACGUUCUCACCAAGUCAGCUCACAUGGGAUCAUCUGGAAGGACUCAAGCUCGCUGAUCCCGAUUUUCUCACACCAGCACCAAUUGACAUCCUUCUUGGCGCUGAUGUCUAUGGACAGCUCAUCUUACCACAAGUCAUCACCAAUGGACCAAACUCACCAUCGGCUCAGCUCACGCGACUUGGAUGGAUCGUAUUCGGACCAACGGAAGGUCCUGAUACUACUCAAGUAGCAACUUCUCAUCUAACGGUCACCAACGAGGAUCUCAACGAACUGCUCACCAAAUUCUGGAUCCAGGAAGAGAUCCCUGGGACACCAGAGGUUCAGCUCAACGAGGAGGAAGCGCAGUGUGAAGAACACUUUCAACGGACCCACUCACGAGAUGCAUCUGGCCGCUACAUUGUUCGGAUACCGCUCAAAUCUCCAGUUUCCUCGCUAGGAGAUUCACGAUCGUCUGCACUCGCUUGCCUCCAUCGUCUGCUCAGGAAACUCUCACGUGAUGAGGUUUAUCGUCAGCUCUACACGGACUUCCUCAGGGAAUAUGAAGAGCUCGGCCACAUGCGUCGAGUCUCCGGACAGCUCGCUAGAUCAGCUCAUCAGCGCCAGCUCAAUGGGGGGGCACGGGCACCGAAAUGA